AGAUUCAAUGACGAAAUUGACAAACUAACUGGAUACAAGACAAAAUCAUUAUUGUGCAUGCCUAUCCGAAGCAGUGAUGGUGAGAUUAUUGGUGUGGCCCAAGCGAUAAAUAAGAUUCCUGAAGGUGCUCCAUUUACUGAAGACGAUGAAAAAGUUAUGCAGAUGUACCUUCCAUUUUGUGGAAUUGCCAUAUCUAAUGCUCAACUCUUUGCGGCUUCAAGGAAGGAAUAUGAAAGAAGCAGGGCUUUGCUAGAGGUAGUUAAUGACCUCUUUGAAGAACAGACUGACUUGGAGAAAAUUGUCAAGAAAAUAAUGCAUCGGGCCCAAACUCUGUUGAAAUGUGAACGCUGUUCUGUUUUACUCCUAGAAGACAUUGAAUCACCAGUGGUGAAGUUUACCAAAUCCUUUGAAUUGAUGUCCCCAAAGUGCAGUGCUGAUGCUGAAAACAGUUUCAAAGAGAGCAUGGAGAAAUCGUCAUACUCAGACUGGCAAAUAAAUAACAGCGUUGCCGAGCUGGUUGCUUCGACAGGCCUUCCAGUGAACAUCAGUGAUGCCUACCAGGACCCACGCUUCGAUGCCGAGGUGGACCAGAUAUCAGGUUUUCACAUAAGAUCUGUUCUCUGUGUCCCUAUUUGGAAUAGCAACCACCAAAUAAUUGGUGUGGCUCAAGUGCUAAAUAGACUUGAUGGGAAACCUUUUGAUGAUGCCGAUCAACGACUUUUUGAGGCUUUUGUCAUCUUUUGUGGCCUUGGCAUCAACAACACAAUCAUGUAUGAUCAAGUAAAGAAGUCCUGGGCCAAGCAGUCUGUGGCUCUUGAUGUGCUGUCAUACCAUGCAACAUGUUCAAAAGCUGAAGUUGACAAGUUUAAGGCAGCCAACAUCCCUCUGGUGUCAGAACUUGCCAUCGAUGACAUUCACUUUGAUGACUUUUCUCUCGAUGUUGAUGCCAUGAUCACAGCUGCUUUGCGGAUGUUCAUGGAGCUGGGGAUGGUGCAGAAAUUUAAAAUCGACUAUGAGACCCUGUGUAGAUGGCUUUUGACAGUGAGGAAAAACUAUCGAAUGGUUCUCUACCACAACUGGAGACAUGCCUUCAACGUGUGCCAGCUGAUGUUCGCAAUGUUAACCACCGCUGGGUUUCAAGAGAUUCUGACCGAGGUGGAAAUUUUAGCGGUGAUAGUGGGAUGCCUGUGUCACGACCUCGACCACAGGGGAACAAACAAUGCCUUCCAAGCAAAGAGUGGCUCUGCCCUGGCCCAACUCUACGGAACCUCUGCUACCUUAGAGCAUCACCAUUUUAACCAUGCCGUGAUGAUCCUUCAAAGCGAGGGCCACAACAUCUUUGCUAAUUUGUCCUCCAAGGAAUAUAGUGACCUUAUGCAGCUUUUGAAACAGUCAAUAUUGGCAACAGACCUCACGCUGUACUUUGAGAGGAGAACUGAAUUCUUUGAACUUGUCAGUAAAGGAGAAUGUGAUUGGAACAUCAAAAAUCAUCGUGAUGUAUUUCGAUCAAUGUUAAUGACAGCCUGUGACCUUGGAGCCGUGACCAAACCGUGGGAGAUCUCCAGACAGGUGGCUGAACUUGUAACCAGUGAGUUUUUCGAACAAGGAGAUCGGGAGAGAUCAGAACUCAAACUCACUCCCUCAGCUAUUUUUGAUCGGAACCGGAAAGAUGAACUGCCUCGGUUGCAACUGGAGUGGAUUGAUAGCAUCUGCAUGCCUCUGUAUCAGGCAUUGGUGAAGGUCAAUGUGAAACUGAAGCCAAUGCUAGACUCAAUAGCUGCGAACAGAAGUAAGUGGGAAGAAAUGCACCAAGAGAAACAGCUGGGCUCAGCUGCCUCGUCCUCCCCUGCUAGCCUCCUGGUACGGGAGGAAAACACAAACUAAACCUCCAGGUCAGCUGUUGCUGCAAAAUGACUGUGGCCUGAAGGGCCAGCUUUGGUCCAGCAACAUCAUCCUUUUGUGUUUUGAGCUCAGAAAGACCUAGAAUCUUGAGAGCGCCUUGGGACGCAUGCCUUGGCUUUCACCUUGAAGUAAGGUCUGCAGUGGAAAGAGUGACAGGAAAGACAAAGGAGGUGAGGCAGGGAGCACAGUACAGGACCCUCACCUUCCCUGAGGAGCACACAUGGACUGAGGACUGUUUUGGAGCCAAGGACCUGAGGACAGUUGCUCAGCUCAUUCUGAGCUGAGGGAACACAGAACAGUGAAAGCGUCAUUAGCACUGCUUAAUUUUGUAUACAACUCUUCUGUUUGUUACAAGCCAAAAGCUGCCUGCCUUUGCUUCCUCUCUCUGAACGCUCCUUUGUGCCAGACUGUUCCCCAAAAAAUCCUGAUUUGUAUUCCAUAGAGGUGUUUUAUUUUUAAUUACAAAGCUUUGUAAUGAUGUAUCAGAGCCUUUAGAAUUGCCUACCUGAAAGAUUAUCUAUAUUAUCCUUAUAAACACCAACCAAUCCCAGCUCUCCCCCCAAAAAGGUCCAUUGUAGGAAUACAACAAAUGUGUUUGUCUGAUUUGUUAUUCUACAUUGGGACCAUGGUACCCUUUUUCAGAGUUUUUAAAUUCAAUCUUCAUGAUAGACCAAGUCUUCUCCAAGAAUGAAUGGAUUAAUAGACUUAAAGUAAGGAUGAAAGAAAAUCUAUAGCUGGAUUUACCUCAAGUGACAUCUAGGAAUAUCUAGGAACUAGUUCCAUCAUUGAGAAAUAUUUCACAGGACACAGCAGAGCCAUAGAGACUGAACAUUGACUACCUUGAGUUCUCCUAUUGAUGAGUUUUGGUAUAAAACUUAAGGUUACUACCAGUAACCAACUUAAAGCCAAAUACAGGGGUCUCUAAUUUUUUAUUUUUCUUUAUGUGUAAAAAAUGAUACUUGAAAGCAUAAGAAAUAGCUAUUUAGUCUUGGCAGAGAACGCAUAUUCUAUAGAAAGCCAGGUUUAUAAUGGGAAAGAAUAAAUUGUAUUAAAUAGAUGCAAUAACUAGAAAGCUGCUUUGUUUCCUGUUUUACCUGAGAGAUUGAGGGCAUGGUAUGUCUAUGCAAAGGACACUGGUCUAGAAGGUAGACUUCUAUCCCUAGCUUUGGCACUGUUGACUGGAUGCAUUUAGACAAGUCACUUAACUUCAAGCUUGAUUCCUCAUUUGUCAAAUGAGAUAACACUAGAAAUAAUUUUCAAACACGUUUUAGCCUUAUAACUCUUUGUUCAAAUAAAUCUUUUAAAGAAUCCC